AGGUAUGAUGGCCGAGGCAAGUUUUCUACGAACACUGCAAGAAAUGAAUUGUGAUGCAAUUACCCAGAAGCAACAAUUAGCUGUCAAGCAACACAUGAAGAAAUCAUCGAAGCUUGGAGAAAUGGCCAGCAUUAGCAAAGCGGGAUAUGGUCUCCUCAAAUUUGUAACAGCUGUACUAGGAUAUUGUGAAGUCUAUAGAGAGGUUAAACCUAAAAAAGAGAGAGUAGAACAGCUGGAAGCAGAAUUCAAUGCCGCUAAGAAAUAUUUAGACAAAUUAACAAGGGAAAUAAACAAAUUAGAAGAAGACCUGAAUAAAUUGAACGAGAAGUAUGCCACAGCGAUGAAAAAACGAAUGCAACUGCAGGAAGAGACAGAUCUGAUGAUGAGAAGAUUGGAGGCGGCAGACAAACUGAUCAGCGGUUUGAGUUCUGAGCAAUCGCGGUGGACAGAAGACCUAAAACAAUUGUACCUGGAAAAAGAACGGUUGAUAGGCAAUUGUUUGCUCAGCGCAGAGUUCUUGGCUUACUGUGGACCAUUUACUUACGAAUUCAGGAGAGACAUGGUAUACCAGUGUUGGCAAGAUGAUAUAAUGCAAAGGGAAAUACCGUUAUCCCAGCCCUACAGAAUUGAAAGUAACCUUACUACAGACGUGGAAAUCAGUACUUGGAACUCUGAAAAUUUACCUCCAGACGAGUUAUCCGUUCAAAACGGCAUUCUCACAAUUAGAUCUUCAAGGUUUCCACUUUGUAUUGACCCUCAACAACAAGCACUUAAUUGGAUCAAGAAACGAGAGGAGAAAUCAAAUUUGAAGGUGCUUAGCUUCAAUGAUCCAGACUUCUUAAAACACCUGGAUAUGUCUAUCAAGUAUGGGGCCCCCGUACUUUUCCAGGACGUGGAUGACUAUAUUGAUCCUGUUGCUGAAAACGUGAUCCAGAAAAAUGUAAAAACCGUUGGUGGUCGAGUGUUUGUCAUACUUGGAGAUAAAGAAGUCGAUUGGGAUCCAAAUUUCCGAAUGUACAUGACAACAAAGUUCGCAAAUCCUGUAUUCAACGCAUCAGUUUACGCGGUCGCUGUCGUGAUAAAUUACACUGUCACCUUGUCCGGUCUUGAGGACCAACUACUGAGUGUAGUAGUGAGAAACGAAAGACCUGAUUUGGAAGAGCAGAGGGAAAGUCUCAUUGCAGAAACUAGCGAGAAUAAAAGUCUGCUGCAAGUGUUAGAAGACUCGCUUCUCAGAGAACUGUCUACAACAACAGGAAACAUGUUGGAUAACGUCGAGUUAGUAAACACACUAGAAAAUACCAAAACAAAAGCAACUGAAGUAAUGGAGAAACUAGCUCUAGCUGAAGAAACUGCCAAAGAUAUCGACAAGCUCCGAGAUGGUUACCGAUCAGUAGCUAGAAGGGGUGCCAUUUUAUUCUUCGUAUUGUCAGACAUGGCAAGCGUCAAUGCCAUGUACCAGUACUCCCUGGGUUCAUAUUUAGAGGUGUUCGCCUAUUCGCUGAGAAAAGCACUACCGCACACGAUUCUAGCCAGGAGACUGAUGAAUAUAAUAGGAACCUUAACCAAGAACGUGUACGACUAUGGAUGUACAGGCAUAUUCGAAAAGCACAAGUUGCUCUUCUCCUUCCAAAUGACAGUAAAGCUGGAGCAGAAUAUGGGAAGAGUGUCGCAAUUAGAACUUGACUUUUUCAUCAAAGGCUCGGUUAGCUUGGAAAAAAGUACCAGGGAAUGUCCGGCAAAGUGGAUAUCGCCGCAAGGCUGGGAGAAUAUGAUCAAGUUGUCCAAUGAUUUUCAGGAAACAUUCGGAAAACUCCCACAAGAUGUUGAAGAUAAUAUUGAUGAGUGGCAACUGUGGUACGAUCUAGAUGCACCAGAAACUCUAGACUUUCCUUGUGGCUACAGACAGGCCCUUUCUAACUUACCUUUUCAGAUUCUUAUGUUGUUGAGAUGCUUCAGAAUCGAUCGAGUAUACAGAGCAGUCGGAGAUUACAUUACUGAGACAAUGGGUGAAGAGUAUAUAAUGCCACCUGUCAUCAGUUUAGAUAGCAUAUUCGAACAGAGCAGUCCCAUGACGCCGGUAGUUUUCAUAUUGAGCCCAGGAUCCGAUCCUACCGCUGAACUUAUGAAGCUAGGAGACAGGUGUGGAUUUGGAGCUGGAAAGUUCAAGUAUCUGUCACUGGGUCAAGGACAAGAACCGACAGCAUUGAGCCUGCUGGAUGUAGCCAUCAGUAGAGGACAAUGGCUGAUGUUCCAGAACUGUCAUCUUUUGUUAUCAUUUAUCCGGAGAUUGGAGAAACAGUUGGAGAAAAUCACGAAACCACAUCCCGAUUUUAGGUUGUGGUUAACAACAGAUCCAGUGAAUACUUUCCCCAUAGGCAUACUUCAAAGGUCGUUAAAGGUGGUUACGGAACCUCCUAAUGGUCUGAAGCUGAACUUGCGUAACACUUACUUCAAGAUGCACCCGCAGACCCUGGACUGUUGUCAACACACUGCUUUCAAGCCGCUAGUAUACGUGUUAGCCUUUUUUCAUGCUGUCGUCCAGGAACGCCGGAAGUACGACAAAAUUGGUUGGAACAUUUGCUACGACUUCAACGAGUCGGAUUUCAACGUUUGCGUAACAAUUUUAAGCACGUACUUAACGAAAGCUCUUAAAGCCAAAGACGCUAGGCUACCAUGGAAUAGUCUCAAGUAUCUGAUUGGAGAGGUGAUGUAUGGUGGCAGAGUAAUAGACGAUUUCGAUAGGAGGAUCGUAAAGACUUACAUGGACGAAUAUAUGGGUGAUUUCUUGUUUGAUACAUUCCAGCCUUUCCAUUUUUAUCAUGACGGGACUGUAGAUUACGUAAUACCACCUGACGGAAUCAAGGAUGACUAUAUAGCAUCCAUUGACCAGCUACCGCUCACCAAUAGUCCUGAGGUUUUUGGACUGCAUCCGAAUGCUGAAAUUGGCUAUUACACGCAAGCGACAAAAGAAAUGUGGAACCUGCUCAUCGAAUUGCAACCGCAGACAGUUGCAUCUGGCGAAGGUAUAAGUCGCGAAGAAUUCAUCGAGAACGUAGCCAAGGAUAUCCUGAAAAAAAUUCCCGAAGAGUACGAGAUAUGGAAAGUACGCCGUUAUUUCCAACGAAUGAUGUCUCCAACAGUUGUCGUUCUAUUACAAGAAUUGGAACGCUUCAACAGGCUGAUCAAAGUGAUGAGAAGAACCCUGGUCCAGUUGCAAAAGGCGCUGUGUGGUGAAAUAGGAAUGGACAGUGUACUGGACAAUGUAGCAUAUUCGUUGUUCAAUGGACAGUUGCCGUCCGCAUGGAGGAAGUUGACGCCAGCCACAUGCAAAAACUUAGGCGCCUGGAUGGAACAUUUUGAAAGCAGGCAGCAACAGUAUUAUAACUGGUCCACAACGGGAGAACCGACAGUGUUAUGGAUAUCAGGUCUGCACAUUCCGGAGACUUACUUGGCUGCUUUGGUACAAAUCGCUUGCAGGCUUCACAACUGGCCGCUAGACAGAUCCACGUUAUACACAUACGUCACUGAAUAUGUCGACCCGAUGGACGUGAUUUUAAGGCCACCGCAGGGAAACUGUCUGCUACACGGCCUUUACCUAGAAGGCGCCGCGUGGGAUAUAGAGAACAACUGCCUGAAGAGAUCGACUCCAAAAGUGCUUAUCGAAAAACUACCGGUCCUAGGAGUGGUUCCGAUCGAAGCGUACAGACUAAAAUUACAGAACACACUCAGGACACCAGUGUACACCACUUCGCUGAGGAGGAACGCAAUGGGUGUUGGGUUAGUUUUUGAGGCGGAUCUCAGGACCACAGAGCACAGCAGUCACUGGGUAUUACAAGGAGUGUGUCUAGUUUUGAAUACGGAUUAAUAAUUGUAUAUUUUUUAAGUGAUUUUAUUAAAAUGUUCAAAAUGGAUCCCAACUAAUUA